AUGCCCAAUAUCAAAUUCUUCUACUCUCCGGACGCCUGCUCCAUCAUCCCACACAUCCUCCUCCAUGAAACAAAGGCCACUUUCGAAGCCAUCCGAAUCGAAAUGGAAGGAACCGACCUCAGCUUCCCCGAGAGCUUCCGCAGAAUCAACCCUAAAAGCCGCGUCCCUGUCAUCACCCUCGAUGACGAGGUCAUCACGGAAGUCCCGGCCGUCUCAACGAUGAUCUCCAGCCUGGCACCAGAAGCACACCUCCUGGGCCGCACCCCGAUCGAGACAGCCCGGGUUCACGAAUGGAUGAAUUAUGUAGCAGGAACGGUGCAUGCCGGGGGUAUUAGCCAUGUCUUCAGGCCGGGGCGGUGGACCGCUUCGACGGAGGAGAAGGACUUGGAGAUGGUUAAAAGGAGGGGAUUAGAGAUCUUACGGAGUUGUUUUGCGUUGAUUGAGGAGAGGUUAGCCGGGGAGUAUGCCGUUGGGGAGGACUUUACUGCUGCCGAUGCCUUCUUGUAUUUUGCUUAUCGAUGGGGAGUCACGGCAGAGAUUGACAUGCAAGUGUAUGCCAAAUUUACGCAGCUAGCGCGAAGGGUUGAAGGAAGGGAGACGGUGCAGACAGUAUUAAGGAGCGAGAGGAUUCAUUCUAUCUUUUGA